UCUCUGUCGCUCCCAUCCCUGACCUUCGACGACUACGGCCAUUGUUCGCGCGAUAGGGAUUUUCGUAUCAGCGAGGGACACCAGCUUAGGAGGAGAAGAGGGACAACAUGCUCGCUGCUAGACACAGAGCUCGCCUUGCAAUGGCAGAUAACAAUCCAGACAGUCAAGAAGCACGAUUAAAGAGCGUGCGCAGACGUCUAAAUUUUGGCGAGGUUAAUGAUGGCAAUUUACCAACAAAGAACGAGCUGGAGCUUAAAUUUGCCGAGGAAAGAGCUAAAUACACGGCUGAGAAGCAGGCCAAAUGGAACUUUAACUUCAAGGAGGAACGUCCCCUGGAAGGUCGAUGGGAGUGGAAGCGCGUGGAGACGGGAAGCGAGUCACGCGCCCCUGAAGACGCGGAUGUAAGAGCUGAAGGAGCGAAAGGGGAUACAGUGAUCCAGGCGCCUUGAUACCAAGUUGAGAUGAGCUAAGAUUCCAGCAACAGCCUCAAUUGAUGCUUUGUUUUUGGAUGCACAAAAGCUUCUGACCGAACGACUGAUUUUGCUAAUUGGACUGUAUCGCGUAUAGCCCUGCAAACUUUUGGAAUGACGAAAGAGGGCUACAAUUUUUAUAUCCCUCUUCACUAUUUCUAUUGUUAUAAUCAUUAUUUUUAUUAUCAAUUACUUAGCGCAAUUAUUUUGUACGAUUAAUUUUAAUUUACUUUGAGAUUCAAGUUAGUUGAUAUUAAGGAUUGUCAUAUAGUUUAUAGCAAUAAGGGAAAGUAUCUUAGUCUUAGCUUUUCUUAGCUGACUGACAAUUAAUUAUGUGAACAUUGAAGUAAUAAUUGGCAACAAAUUCUAGUCAAUUGCAAUAAAGAUUGUUGAUAAUUUACCAACAGUAAAAAUUAAUUUAUUUAUUAUUAAUCAAAAAGAAUAAUAUUUUAUGAUGUGAUAACUUUUAUA